AAUUUUACAUUGAACAUGGGCCCGGCCCGAUUGUUUCUCUUGCCCUUCUUCAGUUCCCUUCCGUUUAAUUAUUAUAUUCCCUCUUGUCUUAAUCUCUCAAUAGUUUGCUGCUGUUGCCUCACUCGAAAAACUUCCAAGCUCUCUAACAAUUUUUUUGCAGGAAGGAUGUCAAGCUCAAACAUUAUCAUGUUUGAAGAUAUUUUUGUUGUUGACAAGCUAGAUCCUGACGGAAAAAAAUUUGACAAAGUGACCCGCAUUGAAGCACAUAGUCAGAACUGUGAUAUGUUCAUGCACCUUGAUGUGAACACUGAUGUAUACCCCAUGUUCGUGAAUGACAAAUUCACAAUGGCUUUGGCCCAUACGCUGAAUCUGGAUGGGACACCUGACACAGGCUAUUAUACUCAGGGAGGGAGAAAAACACUUGCUGACAAAUAUGAAUAUGUCAUGCAUGGGAAGCUAUAUCAGAUUCAAGAGGAAGGAUCAAGGAGGGCAACUCGAACGUAUGCAUCCAUGUUCAGAAUUUGCAUUUCUGCAAAUAUGUUCAUUAUAUUAUAUUUAUAUAAUUUUUCUUGAUAUUCUAUUUAUGAUGACAAUCUUUAUUCAUUUACUU